AAGAUACGUAAGAACAACAAACAAUUGUUUCAGCUUACGCAUUGAAACACGACGUGUCGUACUAUGAUUCAAACAUGAGUUUCGUUGUCAUCCACAACUCUGAGCACUUCACCGUCUGUUAGAGUAUAAAUAUUGACUGUCUUCAACUUCAAGUCUUGUAAUUGCCUUAUACCAAACAUUUUUUUGUUUUUCGAGUUAUUAUCUCAAUUCAAGAGUUGAAGAAUGGCUCAAGAAGCUUCAAAUGGAAAUCACAAAUCCGCUAAACCACCUCCAACUCCAUCUCCCUUGAGAUUUUCAAAAUUUUUCCAGUCUAACAUGAGGAUUCUGGUUACUGGAGGAGCUGGAUUCAUUGGCUCUCACCUAGUGGACAAGUUGAUGGAAAAUGAGAAGAAUGAGGUGAUUGUUGCUGAUAAUUACUUCACUGGCUCAAAAGACAACCUAAAGAAAUGGAUUGGCCACCCCAGAUUUGAGCUUAUUCGUCAUGAUGUCACAGAGUCAUUAUUGGUUGAGGUUGAUCAAAUUUACCAUCUUGCUUGUCCAGCUUCUCCAAUCUUCUACAAAUACAACCCUGUUAAGACAAUAAAGACAAAUGUGAUUGGUACAUUGAAUAUGUUGGGACUUGCCAAGCGAGUUGGAGCCAGGAUUUUGCUUACAUCAACUUCAGAGGUUUACGGAGACCCUCUUGUUCAUCCCCAGGAGGAGAGUUAUUGGGGAAAUGUUAACCCAAUUGGGGUCAGGAGUUGCUAUGAUGAGGGAAAACGAGUUGCCGAAACUUUGAUGUUUGAUUACCAUCGGCAGCAUGGGAUAGAGAUCCGGAUUGCUAGGAUCUUCAACACCUAUGGACCCCGCAUGAAUAUUGAUGAUGGCCGUGUUGUCAGUAAUUUUAUAGCUCAAGCAGUCCGCGGUGAGCCCUUGACUGUUCAAGCACCUGGAACUCAAACUAGGAGUUUCUGCUAUGUUUCGGAUAUGGUGGAUGGCCUUAUUCGACUCAUGGAAGGAGAGAACACUGGGCCAAUCAACAUUGGAAAUCCAGGUGAAUUUACAAUGCUCGAACUUGCAGAGACUGUUAAGGAGCUUAUCAAUCCUGCUGUAGAGAUCAUAAUGGUAGAAAACACCCCAGAUGAUCCUCGCCAGAGAAAGCCUGACAUCACGAAAGCAAAAGAGUUGCUAGGAUGGGAACCAAAGAUCAAGCUGCGUGAUGGCCUUCCACUUAUGGAGGAUGAUUUCCGCGUGAGGCUUGGUGUCCCCAGAAAGAACUGAUCUUGAACUAUGUUAUAAAUAUUAUAGGCGGUCUAAUGUACCGCCAAAAUCCAAACUUGAAACCCUGAGAGUUUCUUAUCAAUACCAUACACAAUUCAAUGCAGUACAAUAAUGGCACCAUUAGGCUUUUAUCAUAAAUCCAUACGACCGUAGCAUAUUCUCAGUACUUCUGGAGAUGGGAUUUCCUUUAAUAGAGUGAAAGAGUUUCUUGGCAA